AUGUUAUCUACAAAUCCGCACGCCGGCGGGGCCGGUCGACCCGCACUGGCCACUACAACUCUCAAGAUCGACGGAAUGACUUGCGGAGCUUGCACAUCAGCCGUAGAGGGCGCGUUUCAAGGGGUAGACGGUGCGCACGAUGUGUCUGUCAGUCUCAUCAUGGGCAGGGCCACUGUACAACAUGAUCCGUCAGUGUUACCACCUGCGAAGGUCGCAGAGAUGAUUGAGGACCGCGGGUUCGAUGCGACAGUACUUUCGACCGAGGAACAAAGGAACCCCGACUCUACUUCUUCUUCUCCAGCUAUGAGACUAUCGGUGACCACCCUAGCGAUUGAGGGGAUGACAUGCGGGGCAUGUACGUCUGCUGUGGAAAGCGGGUUGAACGAUGUCAGCGGUGUGAACUCCGUAGACGUAUCACUACUUUCCGAGCGCGCAGUCGUGGAACAUGAUGCAGGCAUCAUCACCCCGGAGCAGAUCGCAGAGCUCAUUGAAGAUCGAGGUUUUGGAGCGCGAGUGCUGGAUACUGCUCUAGUGGGCUCCAAGGAGCCACCUGCACCGGCUGGCUCGGAAGAGAAAUCUGGACUUCUAGUCACCACGAUCGCAAUCGGCGGUAUGACAUGCGGCGCUUGCACAUCUAGCGUACAGGGUGCCUUGGGCAGUGUGGAUGGGGUAAUCCAGUUCAACAUCAGUCUUCUGGCUGAACGAGCGGUUGUCGUGCACGACCCAACCAUACUCCCUGCCAGCAAAAUUCCAGAGCUUGUUGAAGAUGCUGGAUUUGAUGCGUCAAUCGUUUCAUCAGAGGCGCAGGCAUCAAUUUCCAAAAAGACACAGCAGAUAAAUUUGAGCUUGCAUGGGCUGCGGGACGGCGUUUCUGCCACUGCCUUGGAGGACAAUAUUUUACAGCAUUCCGGUGUUCAUUCAGCAUCAAUAAAAAUGGCUACCUCUCGUAUGGCCAUUUCCUUCGACCCAUCCACAAUCGGAAUCCGGUCUAUUGUGGAAAUAAUUGAGGCUGCUGGUUACAACGCCUUGAUUGUCGACUCAGAUGAUACCAACGCACAGCUACAGUCAUUGUCCAAAACAAAGGAAAUCCAAGAAUGGAGAAGAUCCUUCAUCAUCGCCGCAUCUUUUGCGGUUCCCGUGUUCCUUAUCAGCAUGAUUCUUCCGAUGUAUUUGCCCGGAAUUGACUUUGGCCGCUUUGCACUCGUCCCGGGCCUAUAUCUCGGAGAUGUAGUCUGUCUUGCUCUUACCAUUCCGGUGCAAUUCGGCAUUGGCAGACGAUUCUAUGUCACCAGCUUCAAGUCCCUCAAGCAUCGGUCCCCAACCAUGGACGUUCUCGUAAUGCUGGGCACGUCCGCUGCCUUCUUUUACAGCUGUUUCACCAUGAUCAUGUCUCUUUGCAGCGCGGACCACGGUCGUCCUAGCACCGUGUUCGACACCAGUACGAUGCUUAUCACCUUCAUUACUUUGGGACGGUGGCUAGAGAACCGAGCCAAGGGCCAAACUUCCGCUGCUCUUUCCAGGCUCAUGUGUCUGACCCCGUCUAUGACUACUAUCUACGAAGAUCCCAUUGCGGCAGAGAAACUGGCUGAGCGCUGGACCUCCAAACCUGUACAUGGCGCGCCUGAGCAACCCACGUUGGGUGAUGAUAUGACGGUGAAUCAAAAGUGCAUUCCCACCGAGCUGAUUCAAGUCGGUGAUAUCGUUAUCCUCCAUCCAGGAGAUAAGGUGUCUGCGGACGGCGUGAUCAUCCGGGGCGAAAGCUAUGUUGAUGAAAGUAUGAUCAGUGGAGAGGCACUACCUAUCCACAAGAAGAAAGGCAGUCAGGUCAUUGCUGGAACCGUGAACGGCACAAACUCAAUUGAUUUCAAAGUCAUUCGAGCCGGCAAGGAUACCCAAUUGAGCCAGAUUGUAAAGUUGGUACAGGAUGCGCAGACGAGCCGUGCUCCGAUUCAGCGCAUGGCUGAUAUCGUUGCUGGUUACUUUGUUCCCACCAUCAUCGGUCUUGGUUUGAUAACAUUCUUUGGUUGGAUGUUCCUCAGUCAUGUAUUAGCUCAUCCCCCUACAAUAUUUGAAAUGGCAGGCAGUGGUGGCCGAGUCAUGGUCUGCUUGAAGCUGUGCAUUUCGGUCAUUGUCUUUGCGUGUCCCUGUGCUUUAGGUCUGAGCACCCCGACCGCAGUCAUGGUUGGAACCGGCGUCGGCGCGGAACAUGGUAUACUCGUCAAGGGAGGUGCCGUGCUAGAAGCUGCCACAAAAGUUACUCAUGUUGUCUUUGAUAAGACGGGCACCCUGACUACAGGUCGGAUGAGCGUGGCUCACACCCGAAUUGAACCUCAAUGGGCGAUGAAUGACUGGCGCCGUCAGCUGUGGUGGCUUGUUGUCGGUCUCGCAGAGACAGGAAGUGAACAUCCGAUCGGCCGUGCGAUCGUUUCUGCGGCCAUAACCGAAUCAGGCCACGCCGGAGAAGAUGGGUUGCCAGGGAGCACGGGCGACGUUGACAACUAUGUUGGUAAGGGUGUCUCCGCCGUCGUCGAACCUACAUCUAGUGGCCAGCGUAUCCGGCACCAUGUCCUCCUUGGUAACGCCAGAUUUCUCCGGUCCCAAGAUGUCCCUGUACCCGCUGACGCAGAUCCCGACUCUGCGGAACCUGUCGAAGACCCGGAAGCUGACAUCCCCAAGCCGGGUGUCACCGGGGCCGGCACUACACGCAUCCACGUUGCAAUUGACAACCGCUAUGCCGGAACCAUCUCCCUCCGGGAUACAGUGAAAGAGACAGCCGUGGCAGCAGUAGCGGCCCUGCAUCGCAUGGGCAUCACAACCUCCAUGGUAACAGGCGACACGCUCUCAACAGCGAUCUCAAUCGCCACAGCAGUCGGCAUCCCAACCGCCACAAUACAUGCCUCCGUCUCCCCAUCCGAGAAACGCUCAAUCGUCUCCGCCCUCCAAGAAAAAGGCGAGCGCGUUGCCAUGGUGGGCGACGGCAUCAACGACUCCCCCGCAUUGGCCACAGCAUCCGUCGGAAUCGCCCUCGCAUCCGGCACAGACGUGGCCGUCGAGGCUGCUGAUAUUGUCCUCAUGCGCCCGGACGAUCUACUCUCUGUACCAGCCAGUCUCUCCCUCUCGCGCUCGGUCUUCAGACGCAUCAAGUUGAACUUAAUAUGGGCUUGCAUGUACAAUGUCAUCGGCCUUCCAUUCGCCAUGGGCCUUUUCCUGCCCUUCACAGGCUUCAUGCUACCCCCCAUGGCCGCCGGUGGUGCCAUGGCUCUUUCCAGUGUGUCUGUCGUUGUUAGUAGUCUGCUGUUGAAAUUCUGGACUCGCCCAUCUUGGAUGGAGGUUGAGCGUCUUGAGAAGGAGGUCCAGUCCGGUGCAAUCUCUGCAGCUGGUGUGGCGCCUCGUAAGGGGAGCUGGUGGCCUUCUACUACUAUUUUCUCUAAUAGCCCGCGCUCUCUACGUCGUCGUGUUGGGAACGUUUUCUCUUCGCUUUGGUCUCUCGUUACUGGCAAAGGACCCAUGCCGGCUGACCGGGGUGAUGAUGGUUAUGUUCCGCUGCAGACAGUUGAGUCGCCUGUUUAA